AUGACCGGGCGCUACUUAGUAACGCUACGCGUUACUAUAACAUUAACAGUACCUCCUCCCAGUGUAUCAAUAGUUGCUGAUCCACCAACUGGUCCAAUAUAUGAGAGUACAAGUUACUUACUAACCUGUACAGCUACAGUAAACACUACAAUAGUAAAUACACCAGUAACUGCUAGUGUAGUAUGGACUGAUCCUAGUGGUAAUGUAAUACCAACUAAUGAUACAAGACGUCAAGUGACACCUCCAACUGGUAACAGUCUUGUAAGCAUGCUAUUGUUUCAACCUAUUGAUAUCGGUCAUAACGAUGAUCGUGGAACAUAUACCUGUCAAAUGAUUAUCAAUUCAAACAACUCAUCAAGUCAGCCUGGAAAUGCUGCUUUUGUCGUCACUGUUGCAAGUCUUCCUUCAUUGAAAGUAGAAUUUACAACACUUGGCUCAGUUGAAUUUGGCCAGAAUCUAACUCUAACGUGUACCAUAACAACAGUUGAGAGAUUAGCAGUAACACCAUCAAUUACUUUCAUUAAAAUAAAUCAGACAGAUAUGGAGACGCUCUCUAACUUAAAUAGACCAUACAGUAUCACAACAGAUAAUGAUGGUUCAGUUACUAAUUAUUCUCUAAUGCUGGAACCAGUAAUACUUGAAGAUGGCGCGAUGUACACAUGUAUGGCUGAGUUUAAUGUCACUGGUUUUAAUAACACUGAUGAUUCUAACACUGCUACUUAUGAUAACCAAGAAGCUAAUGAUGCCUUUACUUUAAAUGUUGAAUUCCCACCAGUGAUUGUUACUAUAUCAAAGGAACAUGAUGAUACAUUUUAUGCAGGAAUAUCAUUCUUCAUCAAAUGUGACAUAAUGUUAGAUCCAUUAUUUGUUACUAUACCAGUGACUGUCACUAAUCAAUGGACUCAUAAUAACACUAAUGUUCCUAUGGGUUCAUCUGAUGCUACUAUUACUGUGGAUCUCAAUAUGAUCAAUACAUUAUAUUAUAAUGCAACAUUAAUGUUCAAUCCAUUGGAUAAUGCUAACGACACUGGAAUGUAUACUUGUAAUGUUGAAGUGACUGCUCCUAAUAGUUAUAUGUAUCUCAGGAAUACAUCAGUUAGCGCUAAUACUUCCAUUACAGUUCUUGGAUGGGCUGACAUUACAAGCAUUAUUGCUGAUAUUCCUUCAGAUGUCACACUUCUUCCACAAACAUACAUACUACGUGCUAAUGUAGUUGGUCAGAAAGAUAAUACAUUGUUGAAUGACGCUACUUGGUACUAUGAGUCUGGUAGUGCUAGUACUGAAAUAACUGAUGGUCUCUGCAGUGGACAGUCUGGAUACAAUUGUAGCAUUGGUAAUAUACUAAUAAAUCAGAAUAAUGGAUCAUAUAACUAUACUCUUACUGUUACUUGGAAUGGGGAGGAUAUCACUAGUGGAAUAUUGAGUCAAUCAAACAAUAAUGGGGAUCAUAAAUAUCGAUUUUACCUUCAUUAUAAUAACGUUAUAGAAAGAAAUAAAUAUCACACUGUGACAGUUUCAAAGUCUGCUCCCUCUUCUGUCACUGUGGCUACAAAGACAUCUGAUACCAUCACUCUCUAUUGGAUAUUUGAUCAAUCUGAUGCUGAUGGAUAUGUAGUCUAUGUCAAUAAUGACACUGACACUGUGCAGAUAGUACAAGUAAAAGGAAGUAGCAUCACACUGAAUGGGCUGAGAGGAGGAACAACUUAUAGCAUCACAGUCAGAGCCUAUCAGCAACUAGUGGGACCUGCUAGUAGUGCAAUCACUGCACAGACCUUACCAAAACCUAGUAGUACUCCAAGCAAUGUGAGAGGGUUCAUAUUAAAUGCUACUAGCAUUAAAGUAAACUGGACCAAUUCAUCAAUAAAUGAUCAAUAUGUAAUUGAGUAUAAUUAUACUGGUGGCGUAAGAAGCAAUGUAGUAUCAACCAGAGAAUAUGAAAUUACACUAACAGAUCUUUCACCAAAAAUAACUAGUCUCUCAGUAUCAAGUGUCUCAACCACUGAUAUUACAUUGAGUUGGACUAUUCCCAGUAGUGGCAACUAUGUAACAUAUUACACAGUCUACUAUAUUCCAUCUUGUCUUGAGUUAUCAUCAGGAAAUAAGACAGUCUCAGUGACUCCUCAUCAGUCCACUACAACAUUCAGUUAUACAUUAACAGGUCUACACAGUGGAGUGAAUUAUACAUUCACUGUGAGAGCUGGUAAUGUACUAGGGGGAUCUAACCCUGUUUCUAUGAUAAUGGAAACAAUGUCAUCAAUUCCUACUGGUGUGCCUGAUUCUUUGACUUUGAUAAAGCCUAUGAAUAAUCUCACUUGGAAUGACCCCAAUUGCUCUAAACACAAUGGUCAAAUCAUGAGCUAUACAGUGUUGAUCAGUAACAGUAGCAUUGCUUAUAACCUGACCAGUACUAAUAGACAUGCCAUAUUGAAUGAUCUAGUAUUUGUACCUGGUCCAGUUGAAUCACUAUCAAGUAUCAUGGGCUCUACAUGGUCUGUUAUCUCAUGGAGUGUACCCAGUUUCAUUCCACAAGACUAUCCCAUUAUCACAUAUGAGAUAGCUUAUCUUUCUGAUAACUGUUCAACUUUAAAUGAUGAUGACAUUAAUAAUCAAGCAUUGAAUCAGUAUAAUGUGUCCAGUGGUAGUACACUAGCUAAAAUUACUGGUCUGAAGCAUACUUCUUGUUACAUUUUUGGUGUACGUGCAUAUAAUGAUAAUGGAUAUGGAAAAUGGACAGUUAUUACUAAUGAGACAAUGAAACUUCUAUGUCAGCAUAAAGGUAUAUACUUGGAAUACAAAGAAACUUGUUAUUCGAAUGGAUCAUAUUUUAAUGAGAAUGAAGUCAAUUCAGUUUCUGACUCACUAUCAUGUGUGCUACCUAGCUCUAGUCUAAGUACUGGUCAGUGGGUUAGAGUGGGUGAUCCUGAUGAUCCUGUUGACUGUAACAAUGAUGAUGACAGUUACCCCUUUCAAUGUACUAAUGUUACUACACCUUAUGCAAUUGUCAGCCUUUAUUUUCCUGUUGGACUAUCAGAAAAUCAAGAGGGGCUUUACAAGUGUUGUCUACCAACUGAUUGUGCCUCUGCUACAAAUGUUAUUUAUGCAAAUAUAUUCAGAUGGGCUGAGAUUGCAAGCAUUACAGUUGAUACUCCUUCAGAUAUAACAAUGCUUCCACAAACAUACACACUACAUGCUAAUGUAGUUGGUUAUAAAGACCAUUCAUUCCUAAACAGUGCUACUUGGUACUAUGAGUCUGGUGGUGCUAGUACUGAAAUAACUGCUGAUCUCUGCAGUGGGCAGUCUGGAUACAGUUGUAGCAUUGGUAAUGGAGUAUUACUACACCAGAGUAAUGGAUCAUAUGAUUAUACUCUUACUGUUACUUGGAAUGGAGAAAAUAUCACUAGUGAACUACUGAGUCAAGCAAACAGCAAUGGGGAUCAUAAAUAUAGAUUUUACUUAAAUUAUGGAGACAAUAAUGAUUAUGUAGAAAGAAAUAAAUAUCACACUGUGAGAGUUCCAAAAUCUGCUCCCUCUUUUGUCACUGUUGCUACAAAGACAUCCAACACCAUCAUUCUCUAUUGGAUAUUUGAUCAGUCUGAUGCUGAUGGAUAUGUAGUCUAUGUCAAUAAUGACACUGACACUGUGCAGAUAGUACAAGUAAAAGGAAGUAGCAUCACACUGAAUGGGCUGAGAGGAGGAACAACUUAUAGCAUCACAGUCAGAGCUUAUCAGCAACUAGUGGGACCUGCUAGUAGUGCAAUCACUGCACAGACCUUACCAAUUCUGCUAGUCUCUUCCAUUAUUCAAGUUAGUACCCGUAUUGAUUGUCUCACACCUUCAAAUAUAAAUCCAUCAACUGAUGUGUAUUGGCUUGUCAAUGGAGUGACAAAGAAAACUUCAAUUUAUACAUCAAUUGUUGCUCUGACAUACACAAACACACUACUUGUGUAUCCUGAUCCACUGGAAAAAACCAAAAAGUCCUCCAAGCAAUGUGAGAGGGUUCAUAUUAAAUGCUACUAG